AUGUCAUCAUUUACUUUGCCUGCGACUAUGAAGGUUGUUCGUCAGCUUGACCCUCACUCCACCACCCUGACUAUGGAAGAAGCGCCACUACCUAAGCCACUGCAUCCAGAAGACUGCCUGGUCCAGGUUCAUACAACCUCACCCUGUGUUGGCGAGCUACAUUGGCAGGUUUGGUUUCCCAGUAUUGUUCCGGCAGACAGCCCAAGAGUUCCCGGUACCGAAGCCGCUGGGGUUGUAGUGCAAAUUCCGGACGGAGAUGCCGCUCAAACCUCCAAUUUCAAGGUCGGCGACAGGGUCUUCUUCAGGGUCGAGCCGGAGCAAACUGGACAUUUACGCCAGUAUUCCCUAGCUAGACUAUCACAGAUGGCACAUGUACCCUCGACUAUGGGAUGGAUCGAGGCCGGGUCAACUGCACUCAGCUCCUUAACCGCAUGGCAAGGUGUCUUCCAGCACGGAAUUUUGGAUUCUCGCGCGAUAUUCGGUGACGCUGCAGCCCGUAAGAACAACGGGAGACUUAGCGUUCUCAUUACUGGCGCGUCAGGGGUAGUCGGAGGUUGGGCGGUACACUUGGCUGCUCUGGCAGGUGCUGGGCGAAUUGUUGCCCUGUGCGAUAGCUCUAACAUAGCAUAUGUCGAGGGGCUUGGUGCUACAGAGGCUGUCGACUAUAAGAAAGAAAGCGUUGCGGAAUGGGUCGCGAAGGACCGGACCACGCGAGAGGUGGAUGCUGUAUUUGACUGCGUCGGAGGGAAGACGCUCGGAACAUGUUGGUCGGCUGUCAGAGAGGGAGGAGUCCUUCUCAGCAUCACUGGCGACCCCGAACAGGAGAAGCCCAGCUCGUUUACUCGUAGUCUGGCAACUGCAAAAUGGUUUCUUGUUGAGGCUAAUGGUCAGCAGCUUCAGUCUAUUUCUGACCUGAUAUCCAAAGGAGGAAAGUGUGUGACCAAGGUGGACAGUGUCCUUGACUUUGCAGAUUUUCAGCAGGCGUUUGACAAGGUUGAGGCGAGAAAGGCAAAUGGAAAAGUUGUAAUCAAGGUCGCGGAUUUUUAA